AUGAUCUUGAAUUUUAUGGAACCUAACGCUAAUCAACAACUUUUCAAAGCCUUAGUUCAUAAUACAAAGGCAACCCCGUUAUACCAAAGUGGUCGAUUUACUAUGGCUGAUCCUGGAGCCAGCCAUCUUUGGUUAAACGGGGUUGCCUUCGUAGCUCACAAUCAACGACAAGAAGCCAUGAACGACCAAAAUACCCCCGAUUAA